AUGAUUUUCUCAAAACUCCCUUUGUCUCUCUUUAUGUCCUCCCUAUUCUUCCAUGCAGCCCUAGGUGAGAUUGUGUGUGAGGAAUUGCCAUUGGAUAUUUGUGCAUUCGCGAUAGCCUCAUCGGGGAAGAGGUGUCUAUUAGAGACAUCAACGACGAACGUCGUGAAAGGUGGAGGGGUUGAGUACGAGUGCAAGACAUCAGAGGUGGUGGUGAAGAACAUGGUGGAAUACAUUGAGACCGAUAAAUGUGUUAAGGCUUGUGGGCUAGACAGAAAAUCAGUUGGGAUUUCAUCUGAUUCCCUUUUGGAGCCUCAAUUUACCGUCAAGCUUUGUGCUCAAGAUUGCUACCAAAAUUGCCCCAACAUUGUUGACCUUUACUUCAAUUUAUCUGCUGCAGAAGGAGUGUAUUUGCCUGACCUGUGUGUGAGGCAACUCUACAACCCUCACAGAGCCAUGGAGGAGCUCUUGAGCUCAGGUGCAGCCCCUGGCCCAGUUGCACACGAGCCAGGACCCGUAGCUUCACCUACAGCACCUACACCCAUUAAUUAA